GCUUUGCCUUUGCCUUUUUUACUCACUUCACUUCACUUGACUGACUUCGUUUCCUUCUUUCUUUGUAUUUUAGUGAAAUCAAACGUUUCUAGAUUGUAGAAGUUAUUUAAUUGAUAGCAUAGGUUUUAUAUAAUACAAUGCCUUAAAAUGUCGUGGUUAAAGUAACUGAAUUGUACAAGAUAGUUGUUAAUUUUAGCAAUUUGUUGAUUUGUAAAUUUUUACGCCGUGUUAAAGUUAUAAUGAACAUGAAAUAAAACAUAUUUAUAUCCCAUAGUUGCUCGACCUUUGUUUGUAAGUUCAAGUUCUCAAAUAAAUUAUGGGGCAGCUGAUAUCAAAAUUAUGGAGUUUAUUCGGAAAUGAAGAACACAAGUUAGUGCUAGUGGGUCUAGACAAUGCGGGCAAGACCACCAUCCUGUACCAGCUACUGCUCGGGGAGGCGGUGCACACGCGGCCAACCAUCGGCUCCAACGUGGAGGAGGUGGUCUGGAAGAACCUGCGCUUCGUCAUGUGGGACCUCGGCGGCCAGCAGAGCCUGCGCUCUGCGUGGAAUACUUACUACACCAACAGUGAGUUCGUGAUAAUGGUGAUCGACUCGACGGACCGGCAGCGCCUGCGCAUCUCCCGCGACGAGCUGCACCAGAUGAUGCGGCACGAGGAGCUCAAGGGCUCCUGUCUGCUGGUCUACGCCAACAAGCAGGACGUGAAGGGGUCGAUGACGGCGGCGGAGAUCUCGGAGCAGCUGGACCUGACGUCCAUCAAGCUGCACCCGUGGCACAUACAGGGCUGCUGCGCGCUCACCGGCGAGGGUCUACACCUGGGGCUGGAGUGGAUAGCGAGCCGGAUCAAGAAGAAAUGACCCCCAGCCCGGCCGCGGCCAUAGCACCACUCGUUAACGUUACUAAGUAAAUAUAUUUUAAUAACAUAGGCGAUAGAUAACGGACUAAUAUUUUAUUACGACAAAUAACUGUCAUAUUAGUAAUAUUUUUGUCAAAUACACUAAGUAUCACAUGCUAGUAAAAGGAUAGAGAAUUAAAUAAAUAAUUGUUUCUUAA